ACCAGUUCAAGUAGCCUGAGUUUAGGGCCUGUGCGGACGAUAUCAGAGCCUGCAAUGAUGUUUCCCUUCGAAAGGGAGGAGGUACCGGUUGCUUGGAGGCCGCGCGGCCUGGAAGUCACCGCCAAGAGGCAAGUAGGCAGCUAUAUCUCCAGGCAGAGCAAGUUGCAGUAUGCAAGUUUGGAGUCGUGCUGCGUGGGCGGACGCUGUGCCUCAGAGUGCUGCCUGGGAGGACGAAGGGGAGCUGAGCGCUCUGCCUGGCUAUGGCGAACUACCCAGCUUGAGGAGGAGGAAGAAGGAGGCGAAGGAGGAGAGUGGCGAGGUACCUACUCCCACCAUCUUCAUCAUCUUGUUAGGCGCUUCAUCUGGAAGGCCCCAGUUGGGGCACUGCUGCAUCAAGGAAGCUUCGAGGCAGAGGCUUACAUUUCGACAUGCACUUUACCCAGAGUACAAGUCUGAUAGGAAUCCCACCCCAGAUUUGGUGGAUCAAGCGAUGCCGUAUGUGAAAGCAGCCAUAGCGGCUCUGGGUUUGUCAAUAACUGAGAUGAGUGGCGUGGAGGCAGACGAUGUAAUUGCAACCAUAGCAGUUCGUGCAGAUGCCGCCGGCUUCAAGGUUCUCAUAGCAUCGCCGGACAAAGACUUCUUCCAGAUUCUCUCGCAAGGGAUAAGCCUUCUUCGACCUGAUCUCAAAGGCCCUGGGGUUGUCCCAUACGAUCUGUCAAACUUUCAAGAACGCUUUGGAGGGCUGUCUCCACUGCAAUUCGUGGAUGUUCUUGCAUUAAUGGGUGACACAAUCGACUCGAUUCCAGGUGUAAAAGGCAUUGGCCAGAAAGGAGCGAUCAAGCUUGUGCAACAGUACGGUGAUGUCAAUGGUGUUACCAGUGGUGUCAAUGGGGUUAACGGUGGUGUCAAUGCUGAGGGCCAGAGUGUUGAGCAGCUCCCUGACCCUCGUACCAGGGCCCAGGUAGAGCAGAGACGACAACUGUUGUCUGGCCGGCUCAAUCUUCUGGCCACCGAGCUGCACGAUGCCGGUACAGAUGCUGAGUCACAUGUGUGGGCCCAGUUUGAUCUGCGGAAAGCCCAGGCAGACCUGGAUGCAGCUCAGACUGGCACCGACCUAUUGAAGAUCCAGGAGUUCAUUAUCCAGUGCCGCAAAGCACUGGAUGCGUACAUCUGUCAGCAGUUCGAAGACAUAGCAAAUGGCAGAAAUGCCAAAAAUGAUGUGGUGGUCACGGAACAGACAAUUGAUGAGAACAUCCGCCAAUUGGAAGAAGCUCUUGAAAAAGAGAAAACCCGUAAGGCAGAAAUGAUAAAGAAAAAAGAACAAGAUGAACAGCAAGCAAAACGAGAACAAGAAGUCAGACAGCCUGUGGUAACUGUGGCAGGGGAAGAACAGGUUGUGGCACUAAACCAACUGGUUGAGUACCUUGCUCACUUGGAGACAAGGCUCGACCAUUUUGAAGCAAAGUUGGAAGAAUUGACCGUAGGAUUGAAGAAUGUGACUAACUUGGUCAAAGGAAAGGAAAAAGAGGUUCGGAAGGAACAACCUGAGAAGAAACUGAUGAGUGAUGCUAUGAAAGAUCUCAGGGUCAAAGUUAAGGAGGGAGAGUCAUCUGGGCCUCCUCCACCGACGCCACCAUCAAGUCCACCAUCCAGUCCUCACCCAUCAGGGGGAAAGAAAGACAAAGAAGAGAAAAGUGAGAAGCCAAAGAAGAAGGAAAAGGCAAAGAUGAGAUUGCCUUUUACGUUUAGCAACAAGAAAGACGAAGAUUUGCUUGUUUGGAUCGCCGAGAUACAAACGUACUGUAGUACGACGCCUGUUGCAGAAGAGUCUCAGGUCGCAUUCUCUACAUCUUGCUUGGGAGGAGAAGCAAAGGAGUGGGUCUUAGCUGAGGCUAACGCGGCAGGUUUCGACGACAUCGGUAAGUGGGCCGGAACAAUGACUCUAAAGCAGUUCCUUGAUAAGAUCAAGGAACGCUUUCUUGAUAAGACGACGACCGAUAAGGCCUUCGACCAGCUUACUACGAUUGGACAGAAACACUGGACGUCUGUGGAGGCUUUGUCUCGCGAGGUCGAUCACUUGUUGCAAGUACCGGGCUUAAAUCUGCAGGAUGAUCAGGUUCUAUAUAUUUAUGCCCGGGCCAUACCUGAACCCAUACGAAGUCAGUUAGUGGCCGAGUCAAAGUCAGGUAAGUAUAAGUACCGGCAGUUUCGCGAUCUGGCUCUCCAGAGAGAGCAAAUGACUUCUCAAGUUAAACAAUCGUAUGCAUCUGUGGUGAAAUCUGGUGGUAAUGCAAGAGCAGGUGCAAGAUACGGUAAGCGAGUCCUUUGGCGCCAAAAGCGUCAGGACCACAUGCUUGUCGUCUUUGACGACGACUCAGUGGAAAAGCUACCGUUAGAGGAAGGAGUUCCUAGCAACAUUGAGUCCGGAAAGGGGGACGUCACUGCUGCCGUGGUCAACAAAGGAGGACCACGAGAUCACCCUGAACCUGUCUUAUGCUAUGUCUCUCUGGAUGACUCCUUUGAUGAACUUGGUAAUGCAUUGCUGGCACUACGAAGCUCAUGGGCAAAGAAAGCAAAGUCUAAGGGUGAACUAUUACUCGCGGAUGUAGAGAUCGCACACGAACGGACGGGUGCACUUCUAGACUCAGGAUCUACACGAUCCUACAUUUCUGAGAGAGUUAUUCGCAAGCUUCAUCUUGGAAUGAAGGUAAAAUGUUUAGCACGACCUAUCACGUCUAUUCUUGCUGAUAAAAGCACGAUCACUGUCUCUCAUUAUGUCGAUCGUGUGAAAUGUAAGUUCAGAACUAAAACUGGAAAGAAAAUUGUGCAUGAAGUAUCCUUCCUAAUUGAGAAGAACUUGCCUUUUGAUAUGAUUUUGGGAAUGGAUUGGCACGAGGAAGCCAACCCAGAAAUCAAGUUCAAGGAAAAGGAAGUACGCCUGAAAAACGCACAAUCCGAACUCGAGGCCAUCAAACUGUAUCACAAGUCUGGAUCUGACUCUACUCUGUCUUUCUGUUGUAUGAGCUAUCCAGCUUUUCGAUCGAUGGUCAGGAAGAAGCAAUUGGGUCAGGAGGUAAUGAUGGUGUUGGUAAAGGAAGUUGGUGAGUCUUCGACACCUUAUCCUCCAUCGAUACAAAAACUCUUAGAUGAGUAUAAAGAUCUAUCUCAGGAACCUACUGGGAUCACGGAGCGUGCUAUCAAGCACACUAUCGAGAUCAUUCCUGGAAGUAAGACUCCCAAGGGCCCUAUUUAUCGAAUGUCGCCUACGGAACUUGAGGAAUUGCGCAAGCAACUCCAGGAAUUAACUGACAAAGGAUGGAUUCGCCCUAGUUCCUCACCUUAUGGAGCGCCUGUCUUAUUUGUGCCCAAAAAGGAAGGUGAGUUGCGUCUAUGCAUCGACUAUAGAGGGUUGAACUCCGUCACUGUGAAAAACGUUGAACCCCUACCACGAAUUGACGACUUGUUGGAUCAGCUGCAGGGAUGCAAGUACUUCAGCAAGAUUGAUCUGAAGUCGGGGUACCACCAAAUCGAGGUGGCGCCUGAAGAUCAACACAAGACUGCUUUUCGAACCAGGUGUGGACACUACGAGUUUGUGGUCAUGCCCUUCGGUUUGACGAAUGCCCCUGCGACCUUCCAAAGGUCUAUGAACGAAUUGUUUCGACAGUGGUUGGAUCAGUUUGUAAUUGUGUAUCUCGAUGACAUCCUAAUCUACAGCAAAACGCUGGAGGAUCACGAGAGACACUUGCGUCUCGUCUUGGGUAAGCUAUGCAAAGGUAAUUUGAAACUUAACCCAAAGAAAGUCUGAGUUUGCAAAACCUGAAGUGCUCUACUUAGGGCAUAUAGUCAAUGAAGAAGGACUUAGACC